AUGUCAUCGGAUUCUCAACCAUCAUUACGUGCGCAUUGGAAAGCUAAAAUUAAAAAUAUUGUUAAACCUAAUAUAACAUCAUCUAUUCGUGAACGAUUAAUACCAAAUGAUACAUAUCAUGAUUUACGUGAAAAAUAUCAGAAUUUUACUGAUAUUGCAAAAGAUCGAACAGGUAUUGGAAUGAUUAUAAAUAAAACAAAAACAUUAAUUCCUGGUGUAAUUUCAUCUAAUAAUAAUCAAACAUUUUCAAAAGGUUUUUAUGAUUCAUUAUUUAAUCCUCAAACAACUGAAGAUGUUUAUUUCAAAGUAGCAAUUGUUUGUUUAUGGGUUAUUGCAAUAUUAUGUAUAAUUCCAACAAUAAUUACUAUAUGUAUACUAUUUAAAAGAUAUGGAUUAAGAAAAAAUAGUGUUAAAAUGAUAUUUUUUCAUAUAUUUUUAUGUGAAUUAUUUUAUCUUAUUUAUAUAUUAUUAUCAAUGAUCAAUGUAGCACGAAAUUUUCAAUUAGGAAAUUUAUUUUGUAGUUUUGCUAAUUAUGCUAUGUACAUUACCAUUCCAGUUAUGCAUUGUGCUCUAUUUUUUCUUUCACUGGAAAGAUUAUCACAACAAUUGGAGUCAAAAUUACCAUGGACUAGAAUAUUUACAAAAUCAUAUGUAAUUCCAGUUAUUUUAUUUACGAUUUGGAUUAUUUUUAUUGCAAUAAUGGCAACAAUUAUGUUAAUAAAAGGAGUCAUUUUCAAAACAAUUAAAAAUAAUGUUAACGAUAUGGCUCCAGAAAUAGCUCGUGAAUUUUUCAGUAAAUUAAGUUCAUCAUCUUAUCAAUGUUCCAUUGAUGGUCGUUUAUCAUCAGUAUUUAAAAUCUUAUUGAUUAUUAUAUUUAUUAUAUUAAUUGUCUUAAUUAUUAAAUCAGCAGCUAUUUCAAUAUUUUAUAAUUUUUUUACAUCAAUUUUUUUUAAAUUAAAAAUCAAAAUUAAAAAAUCUGACGAUCGUUAUAUGACAUUAUUAUGUCUUAUAUUUCUUUUAUUAAAUGUAUGUUUUUCAUUUCCAUUUUAUUUUGCAUCAAUGGCUAUGACAAUUACACAAUUGAUUACAAGACAAGAUACAUAUUCAACAUAUUUAAAAAUAUGUUUUUUAUUACGUAUAUCAAGUAUUAUACUUCAAUGUUUAACAUUUAUUACAUUUGAAAAGAAUUCAUGGGAUAUGUUAAGUCGAUUACUUUAUCGUGUUACAUGUAAAAAAUUUCCUAUAUUAAUAUCUGAUAUUCCGAUAAGAAAACCAACGAAGACUAACAAAUCUCGUCAUGUAGGUCACUCUGAUGAUAACAUAGAUUCUCAUGAUAGUGAUGAUAGUAUCAGUACAGAUUCAGAUGAUAAUAAUAGUGAGAAUGAAGAUGAUGACGACGUAUUUUUACCAGAACGAAAAACUGAACCAUUGAGAACAAAAAAAUCUGGAACAACAACAACAACAACAACAGUAGAUGUUUUUAAGACUCAGGUUGAUACUGAUGAUGAAACACAAUCUACACAAAAAUCAAAAUUAUCAACUCGAAAAUCGAAUGAAAAAAGAAAUAAAAUUGAACAAGAAAAAAUGUCUAGUAAAAAAUUACCAUCAGAAUAUAAUAAAACAAAUGGUAUAUCACAAAAAACAUCUAAUGAUAAACUUAUUUCUCAAGGAAUCUCAUCAACAAUGACUAAACCUAAAACGUUAAAAUUGAAUACAAAUCACAACAUGACUAAACAUCAACCUAUUGAAACUUCAUCAUCAUCAUCAUCAUCAUCAUCAGAUGAUGAUCAUGAAAAUUUAAGUGUUAUUCAAUGUUCUGAUGAUGAAAACAGGCCAUCUAAGGAUAUAUCAAAGACAAAACCAACAACUUAUACUUCGACAAAUGAACAAAAACGUACUGUAGAUAUUUUACCACAUAAAAAUCACUGGAAACCUCAACAACAUCGAGUAAGAAACCAUUUACAAUCAUCAUCAUCAACGAAUUAUUCUCGUGUCAAAACAAAAAGACGACGAAAAAGAUCAUCAACAAAUAAAACAAAUCAUACAGAAAAACCGAAACAGGACCGUCUAAAUAAAAUCCUUGCUAACUCGGAUUAUGUUUAA